CUUUCUAAUACAGACCCAAACCAAACCUCCAAAUCUCUCUCAGUACAUCCAAAUCAGACAAUCAAAUCGAUCAAAAUCCUAGAUGGGUGACGAGCGGGAAUCCUUAAUUGACCGAACCAAGUUCGCACGAAGCGUGUCCAACGCGCAGGACGAGCUCCACAGCUUCCGAUCUUACCUCCGAUGGAUGUGCGUCGAUCAAUCGAAUGUGUGGGUUACGAUCCUUUCAUGGUCUGUGUUCGUUGUGUUGGCAUUGAUUGUGCCUGCGAUUUCGCAUUUCAUGUUGGCUUGUUCGACCUGCGACAGCAAUCACGAUAGGCCUUACGAUGGUGUCGUUCAGCUCUCGUUGAGCAGUGUGGCUACACUUUCCUUCUUUUGCUUGACUCGGUUUGUGAGGAAGUAUGGAUUGAGGAGGUUCUUGUUCUUCGAUAAGCUUUGCGACGAGAGUGAGACUGUUAGGAAGGGAUAUACAGAGCAGCUCAAUAGAUCAUUGUACAUCCUCUCUGUUUUUGUCCUCCCCUGUUUCAUAGCCGAGAGUGCAUACAAGAUAUGGUGGUACGCCUCCGGAGCAUCUCAAAUCCCCUUCUUGGGCAAUGUUGUGCUAAGUGACGCAGUAGCAUGCGUGAUGGAGCUGUGCUCCUGGCUUUAUCGGACGACAGUGAUUUUCUUGGUUUGUGUUCUCUUCCGUCUGAUCUGCCACCUCCAAAUCCUACGGCUCCAGGACUUCGCUCAGGUAUUCCAAGUGGACUCCGAUGUGGGGUCCGUAUUGUCCGAGCAUCUUAGGAUCAGAAGACAUUUGAGAAUCAUCAGCCAUCGAUAUCGUGCGUUCAUUUUGUGGGCCCUGAUCUUGGUCACAACAAGCCAAUUUGCUUCCCUUUUGAUCACCACCAAGUCCCGUAAUGUUAACAUGUACAAAGCUGGAGAACUCGCGUUGUGCUCCAUUACUCUUCUCACUGGACUCCUGAUAUUACUCCGAAGUGCAACAAAGAUUACACACAAAGCACAAUCCAUUACAUGUCUAGCUGCCAAAUGGCAUGUAUGUGCCACACUAGACUCAUUUGAGGCAGCUGAAGGGGAGACCCCGACGGCUUCCAACACCCACAUACAAGCAAUAUUUCCAAUGGUAACUGAUUCGUCUGAUGUGGAUGAUGUUGGUGAUGAAGAAGAUGAUAUUGAUAACAGCAAGUUGAUCCCUGCAUAUGCUUACAGUACCAUUUCAUUCCAGAAGAGACAAGCUCUAGUGACAUAUUUUGAGAACAAUAGAGCUGGUAUUACUGUGUAUGGGUUCACAUUGGACAGAAGCACCCUCCACACCAUUUUUGGUAUACAAUUAUCUCUUGUUCUUUGGUUACUUGGGAAAACCAUUGGUAUUUAAGAAGAGCCAACAUAUUCCAACUUAUAUAUCACAUGAAUGAGCCAGAGAUUUUUAUAUUUCAAUCGGAUUGUUAUUUUGCCUUUUCAUAUUUUAUUUUUUUGUAACUUACUAUUUUUUUUUAUUUUUUAUUGUAGUUUAUAUGUAAUUUUAUUGCUGUAUUUUUGUUCAUAACGACAUUGUAAUACAUUUGUUGUAAUUCAUGAAUUGAGUGAUGUACUGAUGUCCAUUAAAUAACGUUAUAAAAUAAGAGAAAUUUAGUGAAAUAACCCGUUCCAUAACUAUUCUUAUUAUUCGUCUAU